AUGGCAAAUCUGAUCACCAAACUAUUCUUCCUUAAUGUUUUGUUCUUUGUAUUUGCUCCUUUACUUGCCCAUAACAACAAACUAAUUAGCUGUGAAUACAAAGGUUCAAUCCAAUCCUUAAACUAUGAAUGUAACCCAAUUCUAUCAGAAAAUCAGUGUGAUACUUUUAUAGUUCUUCACACUAAUCCUUACUAUUCUUCCCUAUUCAAUCUUAGCUACUAUUUGGGCUUAAAUCCCUUUACAAUUGCUCAUAUUAAUGGGUUUUCUCCUGAGACUGAAUACUUAUCUUACAACCAGCCUCUUUUGAUCCCUAUUAACUGCAAAUGUGAUCACAAAACCCGAGUUUUCGAAGCUGAGUUGAUGAAAACUAUAGCAAAAGGUGACACUUUUCAUGGGAUCGCUGAGUCUUUUGAAGGCUUAACUAGUUGUAAAGCUAUUCAAGACAAAAAUCAUGGUGUACAACCAUGGAAUCUUGUAGAGAAAGUAAAGAUUUCGGUUCCUUUUCGAUGUGCUUGUCCUACAAGUUCUGAGAUCAGUUCAGGAAUCAGAUUGCUAGUUUCUUAUACUAUAACUUCAGGGGAAUCUCUGUCUUUUAUAGCCAAUCAAUUCAAUACAACAAUACAAGCAAUAAUCAAUGCAAAUAAGAGAUUGGGUGGAAGUGAUUUAUUGUCUAUAUUGAUUCCUCAAAGUGAAAAGCCUCUUGUAGGAUCACUUGCCAAACCAAAAGAGCCUAAUUUAGGAUUUCCUAGUGUAAAAGCUUCUAACAAUUCUAAAAAGAAGAAAAAGAAGAGGAAAAUGAUCAAAUUAGGUGUUAGUAUUGGUGUUGUUAGCUUUGUAUUAGUUUGUAGCAUUGUGGGUUUUGUUGUAUUUUUUGUCAUUCAUAGGAAGGACAAACAAAAGCCCAAAUGUUUGUCGUCGAAAAUGGUGGAUACAGAGUUACAACAAUUGAGUUUAAGCAUAAGAACAACAAGUGAAAAGAAAGUUUCUUUUGAGGGAUCACAAAGUACAUUAGAUGGUCAUGGAGAAGCUAUUACACCAAGAAGUACUAAUACUAAGAUUAUGCUAGAGACUUAUACUAUUGACGAGCUAAGGAAAGCGACUGAAGAUUUUAAUGGCCACAAUCUCAUUGAAGGAAACGUUUAUCUUGGUCGUAUCAAAGGUAAAGAUUUGGCUAUAAAGUCUACAACUUUAGAUUUUAUGUCAAAAGUUGAUUUAACCCUUUUUCAAGAUGUUGUUCAUAAUCAUCCUAACAUUAUGAGGGUGUUAGGGACAUGUUUUGAGGAGGGGAAAAAUUCAUAUUUGGUGAUUGAGUAUGCUAAAAAUGGAUCAUUAAAGGAUUGGAUUCAUGGUGGUUUAGCCAUGAAAAGUCAUUUUAUAGCAUCUUGUUCUUGCUUUCUUACUUGGAGACAAAGGCUUAGGAUUUGCUUAGAUGUUGCAUUGGCAUUGCAAUAUAUGCAUCAUAUAAUGCACCCAAUCUAUGUCCAUUGUAACAUAAAGAGCAAAAAUAUUUUCCUAGAUGAAGAAUUUAGCGCGAAAGUUGGGAAAUUUGGCAUGGCAAAAUGUGUCGAAGAUGAUACACAAGACAUCGAAUUCUCCUCGAGAAACCCUGCAUCAUGGAACAAAGGGUACUUAGCACCCGAAUACAUCAAUCAAGGUGUAGUUUCUCCUAGCAUUGAUAUAUAUGCUUAUGGGGUUAUCUUAUUAGAAAUUUUAUCCAAGGAAACUCCAAUAAUUGUUUCUAGCAAGGGAGAAAAUUUGAUGCUUUCGGAGAAAGUCAAGUCCAUACUCGAGUCUGAAAAUGUUGAUGAGUUAAAGAGUUGGAUUGAUGGGGACUUAGGAGACAAUUACUCGUUUGAUGGGGCGAUUGCCUUAGCGACUCUUGCUAGGGCAUGUAUUGACGAGGAUCCAUCGAGUAGGCCGAGUGCUGGAGAAAUAGUCGAGAAGUUGUCAAGGCUAAUUGAAGAGUCACCUGAAGGAGAAGGAACAUUGUUGAUCAAUGAAAGUUCAUCCAAGCCUUUGGUUCAGGCAUUUGUAACAAAUAGUAGUAAUAGUGAUUUUGAAAAAGUAUUAGACUUAAACUAUGCUUCUAUGUAUAAUUGUUGAAUUUUGUCAUAUAAUUGUAGUUCCAUAGUUUAUAGUAAAGUCUCUUGGGCCUAAACCGCCUAAUGUACUUACUGGCUUGUAUAUCAAUAAGGGCAAAUCCAAAAGAAAAUAGUAU